ACGGCUCUAGAGGGCGCUGCUACCGUGAGAGGCGUCGAGUGCCCGCCUGAAUUGUGUCUCUAUGGUGUGUCCAUCAUUACUUUUUGCUUUGGAGCAAGCAUGGGCAGGCGUUUUGGCCAAAGUUCUCAUCGGCUUCUGCAUUUUCACACAGACUCCAGUCCUGGCUGAUAAAUCACCUGCCGAAGCUCCAGCAUCGCCACCGAUUGUCCAUCACAACCCUUUCUCUGUGAUCUGGAAUAUGCCCACGGCCAAGUGCCAGGAGCAGUACGGCAUAGACUUUGACUUAUCACAGUUUGACAUCGUUGAGAAUCGGCGGGAGAGGUUCCAAGGCCAGAAUAUGACUAUCUUCUACCGCAAUAAGCUGGGCCUGUAUCCCUUCAUCCGUAAGGGCGGUAGAUUUGUCAAUGGUGGGGUCCCACAAGAAGCCCCUUUGGAGAAGCAUCUUGUCCUAGCCGAGAUGCAGAUUGAGCAGUUGUUGGCAAGUGACUUUAGUGGGCUGGCAGUGAUUGACUGGGAAGAAUGGCGCCCUCUGUGGGUGCGAAACUGGGGCCGCAUGAAGAAGUAUCAGAGGCGGUCAGAGGCACUAGUCAGACGGAAGUAUUGGGUGCUCCCUGAGAAACAGGUCCGAGCCAAAGCCAAAGAGGAAUUUGAGAAUGGAGCUAUGGCUCUGAUGUCCCGCACCCUGGGCCUAGCCACUCAGCUCCGACCUUCUGGCCUCUGGGGCUACUACAAGUUUCCAGACUGUUACAACUACAACUGGAAGAAAGUGGACAACUAUACAGGCCACUGCCACCCUAAGGACACUGAAAGAAAUAACCGUCUGGCAUGGCUGUGGCACAAAUCCAAGGCCCUGUACCCGAGUAUCUACCUCACCCGCCCACUGGGCUCCUCUGAGAGGGGUGCCAUGUAUGUCUACUAUCGGGUCAAGGAAGCCAUGAGGAUUGCAGCUGCAUUCCCUUCAGCCAGUGGCUCUCUUCCAGUCUUGGCAUACGCCAGGGUGACCUUUGCACACACACUUCAGUAUCUGAGUCGGAUGGACCUGGAGCAUACAAUUGGUGAGAGUGCCUCCCUGGGAGCAGCAGGCGUGGUACUGUGGGGUGACCUUGGCUUUGCCCGGUCCGAGCACGAGUGCCGGGCCCUGCGGGAUUACGUGCACACUCUGCUGGGGGGCUACAUAGUAAAUGUGACAACUGCCGCCAGGCUGUGCAGUGGCCGGCUAUGCCAUGCAAAUGGACGCUGUGCUCGGAGGCAUGAUGGCUCAAGCGCCCGUUUGCACCUGAGCCCCCGUAGCUUCAAGAUUGUCGACUCUGGCUGGACCAGCCCGAGGGCCGUCGGCGACUUGGACCAGCAGGAUAUGGCACAGCUCUGGAGUUCCUUCAGAUGUGUUUGCUACAGGGGUUGGACUGGAGAACAGUGUGAGAGGAGCGCCCCCUAGGAGUCAACGUAUGAUUUUUUUUCCCCCUUCAUUUCUGCUUUUGUGGUGAUUAAAUAAUAAAGAGUCUCCAACCU